GAUUCUACUCACUGGCUCAAUGUCUGUCUUGCGUCGGUAUCGCUCGGACAAUUGAAUAUUGUCUCUAGUCAAUUUUUAUAUAAAUGCCAGUGCUUGUGCCCGUGUCAGACGUUCGUAUUCUCCGUGAUUGUUAGCACGACAAGAACGUUUUCUUGCGAUGUUUCAUCAGAGAUACAAUUUUUUCAAAAGAACUUCCAUGAUAUUUCCAAAGAACGGCAAUGAUUGGCAACGGCAAAGCAUGGAUUACUACGAAAUACUUGGAUGUGACCCUAAUGCAGAUACAGCCGAAAUAAAAAAGUGUUACCAGAAACUCGCUCUCAAAUAUCAUCCAGAUAAAGACAGGACAAACGAAACCAACGAUAUGUACCUAAAAAUCGACGAAGCAUGGAAAGUAUUACGCGAUCCAGAAAAAAGAAGGAUUUAUGACGCGGAAAUCUAUGAAUCAAAAAUCAAUGAACAGUCGAACACAUUCGCUGAGCUCAACACGAGAACCGAUUUUUCCGAGAAUGAAGCUGGUGUCCUGUUAUACCCUUGCAGGUGCGGAGAUUUCUAUGAAAUUGAUAAAAGCGACAUUGAGAACGAAAAGGAAUUUAUCAUUGAAUGCAAUCAAUGCUCGUUGGUCGUGAAAGUCAGAAAUGAUACUCAUGACUAAGUAAAUGGAUUUUAUGCAUAUAUUUAUUUUUUAUUUUUUAACAUAUUAAAUAAGUUUAAACAUUUCUAAAUAAAUAAUAGAUUGGCUUACUCUUUAAA